UACCCUCAGAAACCUACCCCUCUUAACCUAUGGAUCCCAAGCUUUACAAAGCAUCACUAACCGGAGACGUCCCGGCCCUCCUCGAGCUCGCUCGAGAGGACGAACACGUUCUCGAGCAAAGGAUCAUUCCAUCCCUCAACACCCCUUUGCACGUUGCCUCAAGGUUGGGCCACAUAGGGUUGGUCUCGGAGCUCAUAAGGCUACGGCCCGAGCUGGUCACGUCGGAAAAUGCCGAGUCAGAGACGCCGUUGCAUGAUGCCAGCCGCGAGGGCCACCUCGAGGUGUGCAAGGCUUUGUUGGACGCCGACCCAAUGGUUGCUUAUAGGCUUGACUGCGACCACCGGAGCGCGCUCUUUGUCGCCUGCAGCCGAGGCCACUUGCCCGUGGCCACGUUUCUCUUGGACAUGCCAUGGCUGCUGGCCUCCGACGAGGAUGGCUCGUCCACUUCUUUACACGUUGCAGCAACGGACGGCCACAUAGAGAUUGUUCGAGAAAUUUUAAGAGUUAGGCCGGAUUUUGUUUGGAAGAGAGAUGGGCGAGGGUGCUAUCCAAUUCACCUGGCCUCAAGCAAGGGUCGCUUGGAGGUCAUCCGAGAAUUCCUAAGGGUCGAUCCAAGCCUCUGCAGUGCAGCCGACAAGCACGGCAUGACUCCUCUCCACAUAGCCUCUAGCAAGGGCUAUCUGGAGGCCACCCGGGAGUUCUUAAGGAUCGACUCGGACCUCUGCAAUGCCGUGGAUGAGGACGGCAGGACUCCCCUCCACCUAGCUACCAUCAAAGGCUCCGUCGCGAUCCUCCACGAGAUCCUCUCCACCUGCCGUGAAUCCGCUCGGUUGCUGACCAAACAAGGCGAGUCGGUCCUCCACCUUGGGGUGAAGAACAACCGGUAUGAUGCUCUGCGGUGCCUGAUGGAGAACUUCGACAUCGCCGAGCUCAUCAACCUCCCCGACCGCAACGGCAACACCGUCCUUCACCUCGCCACCUUGGCCAAAUUGACCAUGAUGGUGAAGUACCUGGCCGCCAGGUCUGAGGUAAACGCCAACGCCGUCAACCGCAGCGGCCUCACCGCCCUCGACAUCAUCACCACCAACAGUACCAACAGCUCCGGAGCGCUGCAGCUCGUCGCCAUACUACAGAGCGUGGGGGCCAAGCGGGCUGUGGAGCUCCCACCGGGCUCAUCGCCGGAGACGCAAAAGAAAGUUGUAAGCAGACAUCCGGCUAGGUCGCCGUGGAACUUGGCACGGAAGAAGAAGCACCCCGACUCUCCAGCCCGUCGGCGCCAGCGCAGGAAGGAAAGGCGGCUGGAUCUCCACAACGAGGGCCUGCGCAACGCCCGCAACACAAUAACCAUCGUUGCGGUCCUCAUCGCCACUGUUGCCUUCUCGGCCGGCAUAUCCCCGCCGGGUGGGGUCUACGGCCCGGACGGACCAUGGGUCGGGAAGGCCACGGCCGCGAGGUCGCCGGCAUUUAAAGUGUUCAAGGUCAGCAACGACGUCGCGCUCUUCGUGUCGCUGGGGAUCGUGACCGUGCUCGUGAGCAUCAUCCCCUUCCGGCGGAGGUCGAUGAUGAGGCUGCUGGUGGUGACCCACAAGGCCAUGUGGGUGGCGGUGACGUUCAUGGCGGCAGCGUAUGUGGCGGCGACGUGGGUGGUGGUGCCAAAGGGAAGGGGGAUGACAUGGCUGCUGGUGACGGUGGUGACUGUGGGUGGAGGCGGGGUGGGGUCGAUGUUGGUGGGCUUAGGGGUGAUGCUGGCGAUGCAUUGGCUGAGGAAGUGGGAGUGGAAGAGGAAGAUCGAGGAGAAAGGGAGAAGCAGCAGAGUAACUCCAGAGAGUAGCACCAGCCGGGUGGAGGAGCUACGCGGGAUCAAGACUGAGGGGAGCUCGGGGUCUAGUUACAACUCUGAUUUAGAGAGCUCGGAGAGGUCCGGCUACCACACGUACUAG